GCCCGCGCCCAUCCCCGAGCCAGGCCCGCUCGCACGCCCAUGUCCCGGGCUCGGGACACCGCAGAGCAAGGGGCCCUCGCAGCGCCAUGGGGGAGAUGGCCGGCUCCUCCUCCUCCUCCCCUGGUGAGGGAGCCACCUUUGAGCAUCUCUGGAGCUCUCUGGAGCCAGACAGCACCUACUUUGACCUUCCCCAGCCCAGCCAGAGGAACAGUGAGGCAGUGGGCAGUACAGAGACCAGCAUGGAUGUCUUCCAGCUGCCAGGCAUGACCACGUCUGUCAUGGCCCAGUUCAAUUUGCUCAGCAGCGCCAUGGACCAGAUGGGCAGCCGCGCGGCCCCGGCCAGCCCCUACCCCCCGGAGCACGCUGCCAGCGCACCCACUCACUCACCCUACGCUCAGCCCAGCUCCACCUUCGACACCAUGUCACCAGCGCCUGUCAUCCCCUCCAACACAGACUACCCAGGCCCCCACCACUUCGAGGUCACCUUCCAACAGUCGAGCACAGCCAAGUCAGCCACCUGGACGUACUCCCCACUGCUGAAGAAACUAUACUGUCAGAUCGCCAAGACGUGUCCCAUCCAGAUCAAAGUGUCCACCCCACCACCCCCAGGUACGGCCAUCCGGGCCAUGCCUGUCUACAAAAAGGCAGAGCAUGUGACUGACAUCGUGAAGCGUUGCCCCAAUCACGAACUCGGCAGGGACUUCAAUGAAGGACAGUCUGCCCCGGCCAGUCACCUCAUCCGGGUAGAAGGGAACAGCCUCUCCCAGUACGUGGACGACCCUGUCACUGGCAGGCAGAGUGUUGUGGUGCCUUAUGAGCCCCCACAGGUGGGGACAGAAUUCACCACCAUCCUGUACAACUUCAUGUGCAACAGCAGCUGUGUGGGGGGCAUGAACCGGCGGCCCAUCCUCGUCAUCAUCACCCUGGAGACCCGGGAUGGACAGGUGCUGGGUCGCCGGUCCUUUGAGGGUCGUAUCUGUGCCUGUCCUGGCCGUGACCGCAAAGCUGACGAGGACCACUACCGGGAGCAGCAGGCCCUGAGUGAGAGUGCCACGAAGAACGGGGCUGCAAGCAAGCGCGCGUUCAAGCAGAGCCCCCCUGCCAUCCCCGCCCUGAGUGCCAGUGUGAAGAAGAGGCGGCACGGGGAUGAAGACAUGUACUACAUGCAUGUGCGGGGUCGGGAGAACUUUGAGUUCCUGAUGAAGAUCAAAGAGAGCUUGGAGCUGAUGGAGCUCGUGCCACAGCCGCUGGUGGACUCCUACCGACAGCAGCAGCAGCAGCAGCUCCUACAGAGGCCGAGCCACCUGCAGUCUCCUUCCUAUGGGCCUGUCCUUUCCCCCAUGAACAAGGUACACGGCGGUGUCAACAAACUGCCGUCUGUUAACCAGCUGGUGGGUCAGCCUCCCCCGCACAGCUCCGCGGCCGGGCCCAAUCUGGGGUCAAUGGGCCCUGGGAUACUCAACAGCCACAGUCAUGCCAUGCCGGCCAACGGUGAGAUGAAUGGUGGCCACAGCUCCCAGUCCAUGGUCUCUGGAUCCCACUGCACCCCGCCACCCCCCUACCAUGCCGACCCCAGCCUUGUCAGUUUCUUAACAGGAUUGGGGUGUCCAAACUGCAUCGAGUAUUUCACCUCCCAAGGGCUACAGAACAUCUAUCACCUGCAGAACCUAACCAUCGAGGACCUCGGGGCCCUGAAGAUCCCUGACCAGUACCGUAUGACCAUCUGGAGAGGCCUGCAAGAUCUGAAGCAGGGCCAUGACUGCGGCCAGCAGCUGCUACGCUCCAGCAGCAACGCAGCCACCAUCUCCAUCGGCGGCUCUGGUGAGCUGCAGCGGCAGCGGGUCAUGGAGGCUGUGCAUUUCCGUGUGCGCCACACCAUCACCAUCCCCAACCGCGGAGGCCCCGGUGGGGUGGCCGGACCCGAUGAGUGGGCGGACUUUGGCUUUGACCUGCCUGACUGCAAGUCCCGCAAGCAGCCCAUCAAAGAGGAGUUCUCCGAGAGCGAGAGCCACUGAGCCGCCCUUCGUCUGUCGAAAACUGCCCUCGAGCGGGACCUCUGGGCAUCAACUGAGGACCCUCUGCCAGAUGCCAAUUCCAAGGGGACAUUGCUUCGUCACAGAGGCUACCUUGGACAGCCUGUAGUGCCCCUAGGAACCUUCUGGAGCUGCCCUGUCUACAUGUGUGUGAGGGCCAGGUAUGAACCGGACGCUGAGGCAGGAGGCUGUCCCUGUGUGGAUGGGAACACCAGCAUCUGUUCUCCAUGCCCCAUCUUCCAUGAGGACUGUGCCAUCUCCUGACUGAGGGGGUCCUCCUCUCACUCACCGUCUGCCACAAAGUAUUGCCUGUGGCUUCUGGUCACAGGCUACUGUCCGCCGCACUUGCUGCUCACGUGCAGGUUCAUUUUGAACUACUUCUCCCACCUGCCUCGAGGCUGGGGGCUACUCUGCACAACGUGAGGACACCUGCGUCCCAGCACGAGCCGUCCUGCAGUGAUCCUGACUCUCCUGCCCGGAACAAAGUUGUUUAUUUUGCUGGGGCUGGAGAAGACUGUGGUGACAUGAAAGAGCUUCUGGCGUUAGUCGCCAGCGGCACUGAGAGUGUGCCGGCCACAGCCCCCUCUUGGUUACUCCUCUCAGGCAGACAGAGGGAGGCUUGUGACGCUCAGAUCACUGGAAGUGGUCAAUCUUUUAUAAAAUGAUGCUCUUUCUA